UACAAUAACAAAUUUGCAUAAUGUAAAUGUUAUGGAAAAUGUUAAUACUGAAAACAUAGAAGAAUGCAAAGAACUUUCUUCUACUUCUAAAAUAUAUGGUGGAUGUGAGUUUAGUGAUGUGGAGAAAUGUGUUAAACGAUUGACGUAUAGCAUGUCUGAAGAAGUAUCACCAGAUGAAGGAAAUAUACUUUCUAUUGAUCAACAAGAUGAUUCACAAACCAUUGAUGUUCCAUUAUUUCAUGGUCUUCAUUCUUCUCCAAUUGCUAAUGAUACUGAUGGGGAUUCGGAAUAUGUACCUACGGAGCACAGUUCUUCUUCACACAUACAUGAUGAAUCUAUACAACACGUGAAAAAUAUGAACAAGACUACAACUUCAGUUUCAAGUUUGGACACUUCAAACGCGAAUACUGUUGGCACAACAAUAUGUAACGACGAGAUCAUACAUUUAGUAACAGUUCAUCGUAACAAAGCAGAAGUAAAAAAAUUUGUUGUGUUACCUGCUAAACACCCAGAAAGAUUGAAAAUGAUAGAAGCUAUACGAAAAAAUGGAAACUUUAAGUUUAACACACAAGCCGAACUUAAUACUGGACAAUUAAUUUUCAAUCUGAAUGAUACUGAAAUUUCGGAUCUCGCAACGUUUAUGGGUCAUGCGGAUAAAAUACAUAAGGAGCACUAUAGGCAACCACAAGCAAGCAGAGAUAUACUUAAAAUUUCUCGAUAUCUAGAAGCAGUACAAGGAGGAAAUGAACAAGAAUCAGAGAAUGAAUCGAAUAGCGAUUCUAGAAAAAGAAAAUACUUUAAACCAGGAUAUUCUUAA